AUGGCACGUGCGGCGUUGGCUGAGCUCCAUUCGAGCUUCGGUUACCGCCGUUGGCUUUGUCUUAAUGAGAGGAACGCGAUGGUGGUCUCAAAACUGACUUUUGAGCUAGUGGGCAGAGGCUCCAAUCCGAAACGAAUUGGGGAUUUUACUACCAAAGAAGAGAAAUCUGAUGAGAAGAGAAAAAUGAUCAGAAUAGAGGCUGCCCGUGUGCGUCAAGACAGUAUUGUUUCAUGUGGUUGUGGAGAUCCAGUGAUCAAUAUAGACAAAAUCUACAGUAGGCGGCUUCAAUCCGAAAUGAUCAAUGGACUGGAGCAAAGAGGAACUCAGGCCUGCCAAAAAUGCCAUAUGCAGAAAGUUUGCCCAUUGAUGCGAAGGAACAAAGAGAACGACAAAUACUUUAACCCCUCAGUGGUUUCCAUCGGCCCCUAUCACCAUGGAAAGAAAGAGCUUGAGGUAGCAGAAGGGCUAAAGCCUAGAGUGGUAUUGGAGUUCAUCUCCAGCAGUGGACGCCAAGCUCAUGAAUUCUAUAACAAGAUUUUAGAGGUGAGUGACGAGGCCAGGAAAAGGUAUGUUGAUAUUUCAAUCAGAGAUUACAAUGAUGAAGAAUUUGCAGACAUGAUGUUUCUUGAUGGCUGCUUUAUUCUGCAGUUUAUCGACAGUGUUGCACAUAAUAAAUUUCAUUGUUUGGAUGUUUUUGUUAAACAAGUAGGCUUGAAAGGUUUUGGAUCAUUCUUCAUGGACAUCAUUUUGCUGGAGAACCAACUGCCCUAUGCCAUUCUCAUGGCACUCAUGAGCGUGAAGAAACAAGAAAAUGAAAGGGGAAAAGUGAGCAUUAGUUUGGAAAAUCUUAUUACUAAAUUCCUAAAGCAGUUCAAUGCAACAGUAGAAGUGGCAAGGCAUGGAGAACAAGAUUAUAGUCAUAAACCAGCUGUUGAAGAACCCAUUCAUCUCCUACAAUUGUUGAGGAGAAAAUUUAUUGGCAAGAGAGAAAAGAAAGAAAACCAUGCAUAUAAAAAUGACAAAUGUACAUAUUUUAACUCCUUCCGCUCAGCCGUGGAGCUCAAAGCAAAAGGGAUUUGCUUCAAAUGCAGCAAUACGAACUUUUUGGGAGACAUUACUUUCACCUCCAAUUACUGGAGCCUUUUUGGGAAGCUAACGCUUCCUCGAAUGGUAGUUGACGAUGUAACAGUGCAUCUCUUUCUAAAUAUGAUAGCCUAUGAAACAGCCCCGAACGCAACAGAUGGUUUCGAGGUUUCUGCUUACAUCUAUUUUCUGGAUUCGCUCGUGGAUGGCGCUGACGAUGUGAAAGAGCUGCGAUCACAGAAGAUUCUCAGCUCCUUUUCGUGCGAUGAAACAGUGUCAAAAAUGAUUUGCUGCAUGGGUGCAGAGGCUUCACCGGACUGGUCUGUUGUUCCAAAUGUUAGCAGGAGGAUUCAGGAGCACUACGAUAGUAGGCUCAGGACUUGGAUAGCUCAGGCGUGGCAUGAUUAUUUCAGCAGCCCCUGGACUGUUGUUGCAUUAUUUGCAGCUGCUUAUGUCAUUUUCUUGACUUCCACCCAAACUUAUUUCACUGUUUAUCCCCGCCAAGGAUAA